AUGCUUCGGAGCCCAGCCGCCGCUCUGCUCCGCUGCCUGGCCCCUCGCAUCACCGGCUGCAGUGGGGAAGCCGGCUCAUCCACGCGUCGGACCCUCCCUCCUUACAUAUCCUCCUCCUCCUUCCUCGCGCGCUUCUCGUCCACGCCGACGUCCUCGCCGCCACCGUCCUCCGUCGGUGCCCGCGACGAUGAGGCGGAGGAUGACAAGCUCCCGGGAUCAUCAGGCGAUUCCGGCGCCAGGCUCAGCAUUUCUGUGGACCGCGCCGGUCUAUACAGCCCCCCAGAGCACUCUCACGAGCCGUCGUCGGACUCUGACCUUGUCAAGCACCUUAAGAGCAUCAUAAAGUUCCGGAGUGGGCCGAUCAGCAUAGCUGAGUACAUGGAGGAGGUGCUUACAAACCCACAGUCUGGGUACUACAUGAAUCGCGAUGUGUUUGGGGAGUCUGGGGAUUUCAUCACCUCACCAGAGGUCAGCCAGAUGUUUGGAGAGCUGAUUGGUGUGUGGGCGAUGUGUCUGUGGGAGCAAAUGGGGCAACCAGAGAAGGGCUCAGCAAAGUUCGUUAAUUUCACUAAGGCGCUCAACAUUAACUUGGUAGAAUGUAGCCCUACAUUGCAAAAGGUGCAGUACAAUACUCUGAAAUGUGAAGAUGAAUCUGUUGGUGAUGAAAAAAGGACAGUUAGCAAGCUUUGUGGAGCCCCUGUUUAUUGGCAUGCCUCCCUCGAACAGGUUCCUUCAGGAUUCCCCACCAUAAUUGUUGCUCAUGAAUUCUUUGAUGCUUUACCAAUCCAUCAAUUUCAGAAAGGGUCACGCGGCUGGUGUGAAAAGAUGGUGGAUCUCGCAGGAGACUCAUUGUUUCGCUUUGUUCUGUCUCCGCAGCCUACAGCCUCUUUAAUUUUCCUCUCCAAACGUUGUCAAUGGGCUAGUCCUGAGGAGCUCGAGAAGGUUGAGCAGAUUGAAGUCUGCCCGAAAGCAAUGGAGAUUAGCGAACAGAUCGCAGACCGAAUUAGCUCAGAUGGUGGAGGUGCUCUGAUCAUUGACUAUGGCAAAAAUGGAAUAGUGUCUGAUAGUCUUCAGGCAAUCCGCAAACACAAAUUCGUUCACAUAUUAGACGACCCUGGGUCUGCUGAUCUCAGUGCCUAUGUUGAUUUUGCUGCAAUCAAGCACUCUGCCAAGGAUGCUUCAGAUGAUAUUUCCGUCCAUGGACCAAUGACUCAAUCCCAGUUGUUGGGUUCUCUUGGUAUCAACUUCCGGGUGGAAGCCCUUAUGCAGAACUGUGACGAGAAGCAGGCGGAGUCUCUGAGGACAGGCUACUGGCGUCUAGUCGGAGACGGAGAAGCCCCAUUCUGGGAAGGGCCUGAUGACCAAACGCCCAUCGGCAUGGGCAGCAGUUUUGUUGAGUGCCUGGUCCAUGUAUUAACCGUGAAGCAGUCCAGUACUAACAUACGUGGUCUCAGAGAACACACUGGUAACCACAGGGAGGGAGUUGAUCUGGUCACCAACAAGCGUGGAAUCCAUCCACGGCAGGUGAAGAAGUGGAAAGUGCGAUAUGAAGAGCUGAGAUGGAGGAAGAAGACAGGCAACGAAGACGGCAAAGUGUGUGCUGAAAAUGGCCCUGAAGCGUGGAAACGGAAGAGAAAAAGAGCAUCGACCAAACCGCACGAAUAUGCACAUAUCCUAUGCUGA